AUACGACAGAUAAACUGUAUCGGUGUCACAAUGCAUUCAUUGGGAAUGGAGAAAUUUGUUUGUCAAGGAUGCCAUCACUACAGACUUCAAGCACUUUGUAGCCUGUCGUCAGCUUAAGCUGAUCUGCGGUUUCCUUGUCAAAUCGGAGCAGCGAAAUGCACUUUCCCCGAGGCUGUAAUUUGUUAUAAGCCAAUCAGUGCAUUGUGUCUUCAUUCUGAACUUUUCAUAGUUUGAAACCGGUGAUUCUAUUGGCUGAGCAAUGUUUGUCAGUGAUUAUCCAACCGAAGCCCUAAUCUGCGCCUUAACAGCCCUGCUGGUGACUGUGGUACUUAAAUGGUGGCGAAGGGAUCCCAGAUUACCUCCUGGACCGCGAGGAGUACCACUCUUGGGGUAUUUACCGUUUAUUGGUUCCAAUAUCGGAGAGACAGCAAGACAGCUAGGCCGGAAGUACAAUUCUGCGGUCAUAUCUGUUCCAAUCGGACAGAAGAUCCUAAUAUUCCUGAACUCGGCGAAGGCUGUCUCUGAGGCAUUUGAAUCCAACCGGUUCCAAGAUAGACCCGCGUAUGCCGUCAAGACUAUCCACAAGGGAAGAGGCAUCCUUUCCAGCGAUGGGAAACUAUGGAAAGAACAGCGCCACCUAUCGUUCAACAUUCUCCGCGACCUUGGAGUCGGCAAGCUACGCUCGGAAAUAAAGAUUCAGGAGGAAAUACGAGAAUUGAUUAGCGAACUCUUAGCCAGACAGGGGAAGCCAUGUAAUGUGCAAUAUUUGCUCCGUACGGCUGUCACAAACGUCAUUUCCUGUUUACUUUUCGAUCAACGUUACAACUACGACGAUGAAGAAUUCGUGAACUAUUUCAAAGUGUUCAGCGACAGUCUGAUACAUCUCCGUCGCCUGAUGCUACUGGAUAUAUUCCCGUUCCUGAAAUUUAUUCCAGGGGAUGCGUUUUGUUUUCAACGUUUACUGAGUAAUGAUGCAACGUUGGCCGCGUUCUUCGAAAGUCACGUGGCUAACCACCUGACAUCGCUUGACUCCGAGAAUCCACGGGACUUUAUCGACGCCUACAUCGCACAGCUUCCAGGAAAUGAACUCAGUGCAGAAAACAGACUCCAGCUGGUGAAUGUUAUAGGCGACCUUUUCAAGGCGGGAGGGGAGACAGUAUCAGGGACCUUACGAUGGGCCCUUCUGUACAUGGCAACGCAUCCUGAUAUACAGCAAAAAGUCCAAGAUGACCUCGACAGGGUCUAUAAGAUGGCCGACAACGAAUCCAAGAUGGCUGACUUGCCGACACUGUCAGAUAAGAAACAUGCCAUCUACACGCAUGCUGUCUUACUCGAAGUCCAACGAUUUAGCACGGUUUCAGGAAAUGGCAUGCCACAUUGUAACCUCGGCACCGAUAUUGAGUUCCAAGGUUAUAGGAUUCCUGCAGGAACAGCAGUUUUUGGGAACCAAUGGGCGGUGUUUCGCGAUCCAACUCUAUGGCAAUACCCGGAUGUUUUUGACCCGCGAAACUUUCUGACGGAAGAUGGGGACUUGCGAAAUCAGGACAGGCUUAUGAAUUUUGGUGUAGGUCGGCGGCGAUGUCUAGGAGAAGCUCUGGCAAAGAUGAUGAUGUUCCUCUUCUUCGCAGCCAUGAUGAAGCAGUUCACAUUCUCGCUACCUGAGGGCGUGCCGAAACCCAACAUGGCCGGCGUGUUUAGCAUGAUCAGGGAACCAGCCUCGUUUCAGAUUGUGGCCCACGAAAGGCGACCACGACAGAUGUGA